CUGUCAAUCUUUCAAUUCAGCGCCAUUCGGGAGAGUUCGUCGUUUCUGAUCGACGGACUUUGUGCGACGUGUACGGGUGUGUGCGAAAGUAUGAAGUGAAAUCGUACCAAAAGUGUGUGAAAUGUUUAGUGUUAGUUUUUACUGUGCAUUGAAUUCAAAAUGAGUGCGAACGGAUAAUCUUUUUUUCCAUUGUUUGACCCAAAAUACUUUGUACAUUCGCGGUACACGUAACAUUUGGUAUGAACUGUUUCAAAAUGGCUGUGUUUUGAAGGACCCUUUGUUUGCUUUCGUGUGCUUCUCCAGCAUGAUAUUGGAAUCAUACAGACAAAAUUUUAACUUUGCAAGGUGAGGAAACUAUUUGACUGCAGUUUAGACUGAGAAAAUUGUGUGGAAAAUUACUGGUUCUCACGGAAUCUCGGCGUCGCUUAUUGCUUUCUACUGAGCGAUAUCAACCGCUCACUGGCUACGUGGAAUGCAUGUCAUGUACCCAGAGCGGUCUCAGUAUUGCAACAGUCAGCGCACAAGCACCCAGCCAGACAUUAAGCCGGCUGGAUCGCCGGCUCAGCAGCCAGCAAAGAAACGCCGUGUGCUAAGCCCGGCAACGCUCCACGCCACCCAUCAGCAGAGACCGGACGACUCGCUUUUUAAGGAGCAGUGGUGGAGUGAGACAGGCGUGUGGGCGCCCGUGGGCGAGCCGAGCCGCGCGUGCGAUGGUGAGCGGUCUACGCGCGCGCCUGCACCGCCCGCGCCUUGCCUCAGGCCCUGUUGCGCCGAUAACACUGUGGGAGAUAGCAGAAGCCGGCGGGCGGGCGAGGCCGUGGCGGCGGCGACGCGUCACAAGGGCGGCACGACGACGGCGCACAGCAAGCAGGUCGCGGCGGGCGGGGCCAACCACCCGGCCCAGCCGCAAGGUAACAAACGAUCCGGCUGCGGUGGCGAUGGCGAUUACCAGCUGGUGCAGCAUGAGGUGCUCUACUCCUCGUCCAAUAGGUACGAGGUGCUGGAGUUCCUCGGCCGCGGUACAUUUGGGCAAGUGGUAAAGUGCUGGAAGAAGGGCACUAACGAGAUAGUCGCCAUCAAGAUCCUGAAGAACCAUCCCAGCUAUGCCAGACAGGGACAGAUUGAGGUUUCAAUCCUCUCCCGGCUGUCCCAAGAAUCGGCGGACGAGUUCAACUUCGUCCGCGCCUACGAGUGCUUCCAGCACCGAUCUCACACCUGCCUGGUGUUCGAGAUGCUGGAGCAAAACCUUUACGACUUCCUCAAACAGAACAAGUUCUCGCCUCUGCCCUUGAAGUACAUUAGACCGAUACUGCAGCAGGUGCUCACUGCCCUGCUCAAGCUCAAGCAACUGGGUCUAAUUCACGCGGAUCUUAAGCCAGAGAACAUAAUGUUGGUGGAACCGGCUCGUCAGCCGUAUCGUGUGAAAGUGAUUGACUUUGGCAGCGCUUCACACGUCAGCAAAGCCGUCUGCAACACAUACCUGCAGAGUCGAUACUAUAGGGCACCAGAAAUAAUUCUCGGUCUGGCGUUUUGCGAGGCGAUCGACAUGUGGUCCCUGGGUUGUGUGGUCGCUGAACUGUUCCUCGGCUGGCCACUUUACCCUGGCUCCUCGGAGUACGACCAGAUACGGUACAUCUCGCAGACGCAGGGCCUGCCCACUGAGCAUAUGCUCAAUAGUGCAUCAAAAACGGCAAAGUUCUUCUACCGCGACGUGGACAGCACAUACCCGUUCUGGCGGCUGAAGACGCCCGAAGAGCAUGAGCUGGAGACAGGUAUCAAGAGUAAGGAGGCACGGAAGUACAUCUUCAACUGCCUGGAUGAUAUUGGACAGGUCAAUGUUCCAACGGAUCUUGAAGGUGGCCAAUUGUUAGCGGAGAAGGCCGACAGAAGGGAAUUUAUUGAUUUACUUAAGAGGAUGCUUACAAUGGAUCAGGAGCGACGAAUAACACCAGGUGAAGCGUUAAAUCACGCGUUCGUGACGCUCGCUCAUCUUGUCGACUACGCGCACUGCAACAACGUCAAGGCCUCCGUUCAAAUGAUGGAGGUUUGCCGUCGUUCGGGGAGCGGCGUGGGUGGCGUGGGCGGUGUGGGCGGCGUGGGCGUGGGCGGCGAGUAUGUGGGCGGCGUUGUGGCCCCAGCACCAUCUACAGCCCACCAUCUCGCGCUCACAAUCAACCAGCAGCGAUUGCGGGCUGCGCCUUACGACAACCUUUACCAGCUUUACGGAGCAGGACGAGUGGCCGUGGGCGGGAGGCAGUACACCAGAGCUGAGCCUUUCCCGCAUCAGUUCGUCUCCUCUAUUCUCUGCCAGCCCGCCUAUCAGGUGCAACAGCUGGCUGCAGCGGCUGCUGCGGCAGCUGCCGCCCAUCACCAACACGGCGUGGCUGGCGUGGGCGGCGUGGGCGGUGUGGGUGGCGUGGGCGACGUCGAGUGGCGUGCGCCCCUCAUAGUCGAGCCCGCGCCAUUGCCCGAGCCAGACGUCUGGGACCUUCAUCACCACCACCAUCACCCUCACAAGAGAUCAACAAAGCAGCAGUCGAGCGUGGCGCAUUACCAGCCCCAUCAUCAGCCGCAUCAUUACAGCAUGGCCAGCAGUGGUGGUAAGAAGGAGCCGACUCAACUGUCGCCGGUGAAGAAACGGGUUAAGGAAGGCACGCCGCCAUCACGGAGGCAACAACACGAUAACACUAUCCGCCCUGGGGCGUGGGAGCCGAACACUAGCGUUGCAACUGGCGGUGGUGCGCACACCAUCACCAUCCGGGACACGCCAUCACCAGCCGUGUCUGUUAUCACCAUCUCGGACUCCGAUGACGACGAGCCAAGGCACGACGCACAGCGACCGCACGAUAACAGAGGUAGCGGCGAGUGCGCUGCCGUGGUACAAUCAUCGAGUGGGGUGAACGUGCCCACGAGUGGGACAUCAAUCCCUAAUGGGACAGUCCCCACGGGGGGCGUCAUCUGCAGCGCAAGGGAUGAGCGCCAUGUCAAGCACGAGCCACAGCACCAUCACCAGCCGUGCCACCACCACCACCAUCACCAACAGCAGCCAAUACAGCAACAGCAGCAGCAGCAACAACAACAACAGCAGCAGCAGCAUCAACCCCAGCAACAACAACAACAGCGACAGGCAACAGCAGCGCAAGCGACGCCACAAAGUCAGAAAAAGAGAUUACUUGCGCUUGCCCAGCAAGAAGCGCAGGCCAAGCAUGAGCCGCAUCACGAACAACAUUAUAAUACGGGUGGCAACGUGCGUCAAGCGAACGAAUAUCAAUGCAACCAGUACGUGCCUAAUCAGCACAAUAAGAGAGAUAGUAACGGCGGUUGUCGCGAUUACAUCCCCGCUAGUGGGGUGGUACCAGUCAACGCUGUGAAUGCUGUUAACGCAGUGAGUGCGGUUAACGCGGUGAGCGCGGUGAAUGCGGUUAACGCGGUUAACGCUGUCAGCGGCGUUAACAGCAUGGCCGGGAAUAUGAACGUUAACGCGCACAAACACGCCUGGCACCACCAUCCGCACACGCAUUAUAAGAGCGGCAGUGGAGGAGUACUGUCUCCGCCAGGGGUCGUGUCUCCAGGGUAUUUGGCUCCGCCCCUCUAUGUGCCCACUUACCACUACCACACUGGCGGUGUGAGUGGAGUUAGCGGCGUACCAGGGCCACCUCCGGCUCACCACGCAAGUGGGGCUCGAAUUCCGGGAUACCUGCAGCCCUAUUCGCCCACCUAUCUCGUCCAUCAACAUCCGCACCAGCACCUCUGGUAUACAGAUUGAGUUGCCCACGAUUGGGAAUGAUCACGAUCAGAUAUGACCGUGAAUGGGAAUGACCCUGAUCGGAUAUGACCGCGAACGAAAAUGAUCGUGAGAGUCGGCGGUUAGGACGCGAGUGUAUUACGCGUCCUAUAAUGUUAUAUAAACGUGAAUUUAAGUGUUUUGUAUAGCUUUUAGUGAAUGUGAUCGUUAAUUAAUUAAUUGGUCGUCGGCCGCGAUCACGAAUAUUUUGUUUUAGUGAUUUAUUUAAUUGAUGUAAUGGUGAGAAUGAUCAAUGCAAUACGAAGUACGAUUGUACGUAGACGAUUUUAGUGAAAAUAUGUUUUUACUAUGUUUGAUGGAUUAGGUUUUUUUCGAGUAGUUACGAGUAGUUGCGCACAUUCGUGGCCUUUACCGUCGCUAUGGUUGGAUACGUCGUCGGUAAGCGCCCACGAGCGGUUCAAAGGGAAAAAAAUAUUUAUCACACUGCAAUAUUUUAAAUCCAAAAUCUUAUGACUAGUGUGUACGCGUUUUUCUAUUGACGGCUGAGGCGCGAUUUUUUUCCGAUUUUGCGAUUUGAUCGCAAUCGCUUUUUUGCGACCGCUGAUUAUGUCAGUUUCGGUCGAGAGUUUCCUUUUAUUUAAGAGUAGGUUGCAUUUACUAAUAUUUUAUCUAUGUGUUAGUACCGAGGUGUCAUUAACAUGAUCUAUUUAGGGUUUUUUUGUUUGAGAUUUUUGAUUUUCAUAUCAAUUAGGGUAGUUUCAUAAUGCUGUGUUUAAUUCUGUAGAUAUACGUAGGACGCGGUGAUGGCAUAUGUAUAGGUUUCUAAGGAUUUUAUCAAUUAGACAUAGAUAUGUAUAUUUAGGUAGUGAAUUUGAUUUUUUUGUUUAGACGGUGGUGUCGGUGUGGAUUAUUUUUAUCAAUAUGGCAACACUGAUUUUAAUUUUUUGAUCAUGCAACACUGGAUUCUAUGUCGAUCAGGCAACACUGUUGAAAUCAACUUUGUCUGGCAACACUGGCUGUUUGAGAUCAUGUUUAUUAUAUUAUUAAUAAAAUAAAAUGAUUUUAUUUUUUCUUAUUUAAAAUCAAUGUCCACCGAUAUCACCAAUAUGGCGCUUUUAAUAAUUUGCUAAUUUCUAACGCGUCAAGCGACUGGGUGAUGAUUUGUUUACAACGGGCCCGUUUUAUUUUACGUACCUUUAACUCGCUUCAUCGCGUGACCCUUGCGUGUCAGCUGUCAAAGUGACAUUUGCAGACGAUGCUAAUAAAUGAAGAUUGUUUUUAAUUUAAUACUUUAGUUGUGUAAUAUAAUAGUAUUAGUAAUAUUUAUCUAACGAAAACUAUUUCAGUUUGCCAGAUGUUAUUUCUUUUUGUUUUUAAUAUUCAUUUUACAAUAAACAAAUUUGAAUUCAAAUGACGCACUAAAAUAAAGAUGUAAGCGAUUUCAUCUUACUUUUAUUUAGAAAGUUAUUGAAAUAAAUUAAUAAAAAAUUACUACCAUUUGAUAACUCGCAAAAACUAUGCAAAUCAUGACGUAACAUUUUUCAUUUGACAAUUAGCACCGUGAAUGCUUGACAGCUGUCACGUGACGUCACGUGUGGCGACCAUUUUAGUUUAAGUAUUCAGCCUGGCGACCGCCAUUUUAUCCUACGUUUGUCAAUUUUGUUUAAUGUAUAUUCCAUUAUGGAUUUAUUUUGCUGUCUGACAAUAAUUUUAGGGCUUUGCAUUGUAGGGCUGAAUCUUUUUCUAAAUGUGCCUGUUGUCAUACACCAGCGAGUGAAGUACGGCUUUAGAUUUAAUUCAACCCUACAAUGUUAUCCAUUUAUCAUAAUAAUCUAUUAUUUUUCCUAAACUUAGUUUUGCACGAAUUAUUAUACGGUAUUGGUUAGAAAUAUAUUUUAGUCGUUGAUCUCCCAUUAUCCUUACGGUCUAAGCGGUUAACUAAACACCGUUUAUGAGUUGCGCCGUUAAACCGUUGGCGAUCGUUCUUUGUAUAUAAUGUACAAAGGCAAUAUUUUGUCUGUCUGUCUCAAUGGUCUAAUGUUAUUUUGUGACCUUGAUUUUUGUUUUUGGUAUGUCACAAAUAGUUUUAUCAUUUGACAGCCGUUUUAUUUCGAUUCCAAGAUUAUUAAUUGAUUAAUAAGGUUGGAAUGGGAGGCACUGCAUUCUUGCCGCAAGAUUAAAGCAUGCGUCAUUAUGUCAGGUUUCGUAAUAUUUUAAAUUGAAAAAUUUUGGACGAUAUUUGAAAGUCCUUCCAAUCUUAUUUAUCUAACUUAAAUUACGACUCGUAGCCAUUACGAUUGGUAUUUUGAAAUCGUAUAAUUUACUCGAUAAGAAAAUGGAAUGUUAUUUUUAGUGAGCUAAGUUUGUAUAUGGGGCACGCGAUUAUGUAAAUUACCGAUUUCUGUGAUUUAGUGAAUGAAAAUGUACAUUUUGUUUGGGUCGUUGCAAUAAAAUUCAUUUUCGUAUAAAAUUUGUUCAGGACCGGCCCCGGUUUCACUGUUAAUUAAAUGUACAAAUGCAAUUUCGAAGAGCUCCGGUCAUUCUGCAAGUCCGUCUUAUUACACUAGAACCUAGUCUAUGUCAAAUUAUAGUCUAUGGCAGAGUGGUAUAGUUAAUAAGACUGAUUUAGUUGAACGAGUGACCGGAGAAUGAGUGAACAUGUCCGCUGUCGCUCCAAGGUUAUCUGUCGGUGAAACUAUUAGUUUUAAGUUAACAUACCGUACCGAUGGUACUAAAAGCUAAAUAUAUUGGGUAUUUUCUUUUCUAAUGUUAGUUUUUAAGUGCUUGUAGCACGAUUUAUGAACCAUUAACAUUAAUUUGUGGGUGAUCAGGGGAUAGCACUGAUGUGGCUUAAGUUUUUUUUUCUUUAAUAAUCGCAUAGUUAUUAUGAGAAUUGUAAAUAAACAUCCAAAUAUCCCUUUU